AGAAGAAGUAACUGGACAUUAUAUUUAGAGAGAAAACAAGUUUAAUAUUAAUGAAACAAUUGUCAUUUCUUUGUAAAUCGUCUAAAAAACAUUUGAUUUAGUAACAUUUUCUCCAAUUGAAGAAGGAAUGAACACUCAGGAAAUAAAUAAAAGUUUUAAAGAUUGAAAUUAAUUCAGUCCAGAUCAAAGUUUGAAUCAUAUUUUUAAAAAUUUUAAAUCAAGUGAUGAAUUACCACUAAUAUAUGGAGGGUAAAUAAAACAAAGAUACAAGUAUGUUUUGUUUUAUUGAGUUUCUGAUAUUGCUUCUGUUUGUUUUCCUUUUGUUUUUAAACCAGGUUUAAAUACUAUUUUCAAAAUUUUAGUGUAUUUUUUUUUGUUGUUUUUUAAUUUUUACAAAUUCAUAGCCAAACUGUUAAUCCAUCAAGAAACAUUGUUUUACUUUUGAUUCUUUCACCAGAAUAAAUUCAAUUUUUAUGGAAAUACUUUAAAUCUUUUCACAGAAUCUUUUCAAACAUAUUUUUGUUUGCAGUCAAAUCAAAAAUGGAUCACUGGAGAACUCUCCUCUUCUUUGGAUUUUCUCUGAGCUGCUGCUCAAAGGUCCCUCUGCGCCAGUACCACUAUGUGGACUCGGUCCUGUCCUGGUACGAAGCCCAGCAGUACUGCAGAGAGAACUUCACCGACCUGGCUACGUUUGAAAGCCUGGAUGAUAUAAGCAGGCUGCAGCCUACCUUCGCCCACAAGCAGGCCUGGAUUGGGCUUUGGGACGAUCCGAACGCUUGGAAGACGUCCAUGGGCAACCAAAGCAACUCCUGGAGAUGGUCGGUGACGGAGGAGACCACCACGACCGGGUACCAGGCCUGGUCUUACCCAAAUCUGGACUUUUAUGGAGGACUAGAAUCAUGCGGGAUGAUGAGGAGCGGGGGAAGUUGGGGGGACUAUAACUGUGCUGCUGCCCUGAGGUUUUUAUGCUACAAUGUAACAGAACAGAACCAGAAAGUCUAUUUCUACAUUGAAGAGACGAUGGCCUGGAGUUCUGCUCAGCAGUACUGCAGGAGCCACUUCUUGGACUUGGCAACGAUUGAGAACGAGGCGGAAAACACAGACGCGAACAACCACAGAUCAUCCUCCGCUCUGGUCUGGUUCGGUCUGUACCGGGAGCCCUGGACCUGGUCUGACCAGAGCCACAGCCCUUUCCGGAACAACAACCCCGCCGGCCUGACCAACCCCAGCGGCGGACACUGUGUCCUGGAGGACACCGAGACUCACCUGUGGGACAACCAGGACUGCAGUGUGGAGACCGGGUUCAUCUGCCAUCAAGUUUCCAGGUUAAGAACCACCUUUAAGGUUAAAAUCCUCAGUGAGGUGGACCUGAGCGACCCAAAAGUCAACGCCCAGAUCCUGUGGCAGCUUUCUGAUUUGCUCGCAGAGGACGGAUGGACCGACUUCAACCUGCAGUGGACGGUUGAACUCCAACAAAGUCCAGAGUGACCCAGUGACCCGGCUGACCUCCACGUCUUCAUGCUCCUGAAUGUGUUAGAUAAACAUGACAUUUUAUUAGUUAAAAAAUGAAGAUUUUGUGUAUUAACGAUGAUCACAAAGCUUUCAUUUACUUGGUUCUGUUUGUUUCUAUUUUGUUUUCAUUUAGAAGAAACGGAUAGAGAAACUAGAAUUAGUAGAAUUUGAAUUUUUACAACAAUCAACUUUGGUUUGAUUUUGAUCCAAAAUAAAAACGUUUCUGUGUUAAACCAGAUUACCUAGAAAUCACAUAAGUAUUAGGAGUGUGACCAUGAAUUUAAUUAUUAAUAAAUCAAUUUCUAUUCCUACGAUCCGACUGGAUUGAUCUGUCUGAGGCAGAUAUUUAUCGACUAUAAAUUCCUUGUGAAAAUGAAAUGAAUCACUCAUAAUUAAUAUUGGAAAAUACCAAUUGGAAUGAAGCAUUUUGGGUUUUUUCGGGGGUUUAUUUAACCGUAUUAUGUGGUAGAAUGUUCUAAUAAUUCUGAUGUGGAUAACAACAGUGGAAAUAACAGUGUUGCAUGAAUAAAAGUCUCUUCAUUCUGGAGACGGAUCGUGUUUUUUUUACAUAGAUGUUUCUUGUGGCUGAUUUUGGACAAACCUAAAACUAUAUCUAUUUUAUGUGCUCCAGUAAAGGGUUACGAAAUCCUAAAUACAAGUUAUUUAAAUGUUAGAAAUAGCUUCUCUUCUAAAAGAAAGGCUGUUUUAUUAUUAAUACCGAUAAUAAACUCGUCUGAAAUACAGUGAGGCACGUGAGUAUUUGAACACCUGAGAAAAUCAAUGUUAAUAUUUGGUUCAGUGACCUUUGUUUGCGGUUACACAUGCCAAAGAGUUCUGCAGUUUUUCACCAGGUUUGCCCUGCAGGAGGGAUUUUGGCCAACUCCUCCUCACAGAUCUCCUCUAGAUCAGUCAGGUUUCUGAGCUCCUUCCAACGAUUUCCUAUUGGGUUUAGGUCUGGAGACUGGCUAGACCUCUCCAGAACCUGGAUGUGGUUCUUACAGAGCCACUCCAUGGUUCUCCUGGCUGUGUGCUUCAUGUUGGAAGACCCAGGCACGACCAAUCUUCAUCUUCAAACUGAGAGGAGGAGGUUGGUCCCAGAAAUCUCACACUUGGCCCCGAUCAUCCUCUCCAAGUACAGUGCACUCGUCCUCUCCCAUAACACCUUGGUACCAUGAUGCUAUCACCCCCAUGCUUCACAAUAGGAAUGGUGUUCAUCGUUCUUCUUCCUCCAAACAUGAGUGGAAUUGAGACCAACAACUUCUAUUUAUAUAGACCUUAAGCCCAAAUAUUAUAUGCGUUCUUGGGAAAAAAAAAUACAAUUUUGAAAAAAAAAAAAA